AUGGCCCAGGGACAGCCACAGAACGAAUCUGGGGCCGAGGACCCAGGAUCUGCAUCCUUCAUGCCCAGAUCCGAGGCCGCCGAUGCCCGCAUGGCGAUGUCGAGCACCUUGACCCGGCAGACUCGGUUCGACUCGACUCGCUUCCGACUACUCCUUGCCGACGCGGCCCGACUCGAUGCACCAGAAGCGAUCCAACAUGCUCUGUCGAUUCGGCGCCAGCCCCUUCCUGGCCCAGAGGGGGGCCUGGAGCUCUCGCAGCUCGGCGUGGGCACGUGGCAGUGGGGCAACAAGCUCCUCUGGGGCUACGACGAGGCUGACGACGACCGCCUCGCCGGGGUGUUCGACGCGUUCGCGGACGGCGGGGCCACCUGGUUCGACACCGGCGACAGCUACGGCACCGGGGAGCUGGAGGGCCAGGCCGAGCGCCUGCUGGGCCGCUUCAGCCGCGCCCGCCUCCAGCGGGGCGGCUCGCCCGUGGUCCUGGCCACGAAGCUCGCGGCCUACCCCUGGCGGCUCACGCCCGAGUCCAUGGUGGAGGCGGUGCGGGCGAGCAACGCGCGGGUGGGCCGCCCGGUGGACCUGGCGCAGAUGCACUGGAGCCCGCGCAGCUACGGCCUGGGCUUCCAGGAGGACGCGCUCCUCGAGGGGCUGUGCCGCUGCUACGAGGCCGGGCUCUGCCGGGCCGUGGGCCUCUCCAACUUCGGGCCGCGGGGCCUCCGCAGGGCCGCCGCGGCGCUGGAGGCGCGGGGCGUGCCCCUGGCGCUGAACCAGGUGCAGUUCUCCCUGCUGUCCGAGGAGCGGCGCAGCGGCGUGGCCGAGGUCUGCCGGGAGCUCGGCGUGCGCCUCGUGGCCUACAGCCCGCUGUGCCUCGGCCUCCUGGCGGGCAGGUACGGUGCGGGCGCCGACGGCGCGCCAGCCGAGCUGCCGAAGAGCCCCGUGCGGGCGCUGCUGUUCUCGGCGCUGCUGGCCGACGCCGGCCUGCAGCGGCUGCUGGGGCUGCUGCGCGAGAUCGCGGGCGCCCGGGGCAAGACCCCGGCGCAGGUCGCGCUCAACUGGGCCCUGGAGGCGGGGGGCGGCUGCGCCAUCGUGGGCGCCAGGAGCGCAGGGCAGGCGGAGGAGAACCUCGGCGCCUGCGGCUGGCGUCUCACGCCGGGCGAGGUGCAGGCGCUGGAGCAGGCCGCGGAGAAGGCCCCGAGGACGCAGAAGAACCCGUUCUUCUCGGACUGA